AUGGAUUUCGUUGCUCUCCCCAAAAUUGAGCUACACGCUCAUCUCACUGGCAGCAUCUCUCGCCGUGUCUUGCAUGAGAUAUGGCAUCGGAAAAAGGAAAUCGGAGAGACAUUGCUGGACGACCCUCUGACAGUUAUGCCGCAGGACAAGUACGAUUUUAGUGUAGAGAGCUUUUUCCCGCUCUUCAGCAGCUAUAUAUAUAACCUUCUCACGGAUGAAUGCUCCAUUCGCUACGCUACAGCAUCCGUGUUAGAGCAUUUCCUCGCAGACGGCGUCGUUUACCUCGAACUGCGGACCACACCUCGAGCAACGGCCCAUCUUUCAGCCGAGGCCUAUGUCAGGUUACUGCUUGACACAAUCGCCGCCUUUGAGGUGGGACACGCGGAGAGUAUGCACACACGUCUGGUACUUUCUAUUGACCGACGGCAGACUCUGGAAUCCGCCGAGGCUACCCUCGAGCUGGCGACGCGUCUACGUAUCGAAGGUCACGGUGUGGUCGGUUUGGAUCUCUGCGGCGACCCUUCGGCCCGCCCGGGAGGAGAAGUCGCCCUUUUCACGCCCGUAUUUGAGAAGGCAUCGAGCGAAGGACUCGGUGUAACGGUGCAUUUUGCCGAGGCAAAGGCAAGUAGCUCGCGCGAAGAGCUGAAGACCUUACUUGGAUGGAACCCAGGUAGAUUGGGGCACGUCAUCUGGGAGGAUGACGAGUCGAAGAUGGAGAUUGCUCAGAGGGGUUUGUGUCUCGAGCUGUGUCUCAGCUGCAAUGUCCAGGCAGGUAUGACCGAUGAUGUUGGCGUCUUUGGCAGCCCGCUUUCAGAAGAGUACCGCCUUGUUGCACGUUACUUCAACGUCAACCGAACGCAGCUUUGCAACCUCGCACGACAGGGAAUUGAUGCCAUAUUUGGUGGUGAGGAGGAGAAGCAACGAUUGCGGGAUAUCAUGUGGAGUUGA